AAAGUCGCUGGGAAGUUGACAGGUAACCGGUUGUGUGAUGUGUGGGAAACUGAGAGUGUUGCCACGUUUAACGCACGCUUUAAAUUCAUUGUGAAAUUAAUCUGCUGAAAAAAAAGAAAUAACGGGAAAGAAAGACAAUAGGAUACGUCGGUUACGUGCGUUCUCCAUCCUUUGAUUUGUAUAGAUUAAGUAAUCAGUGGAGCUCCUUCGAAGCUGUUACGCUUUGAGCCAGACACCAUCAUGAUUCUCCUGACUUCCUCCUCUGGUAGGUUAUCUUUCUUAAUCUCUUCUCAUAUUCUGGGUUACUGUACGCUUACAAAGGCGUGGGUGCCAUGGAUUAAAGCUGAGGACUGCUUACUGUAGCUCUAAUUGGGCAGAUGUGAUGAUGUUUGGGCAGAAUAAAGUGUAAUAAAUAUGAAUUCAAAGUUAUAAGUUUGUGAAGAUACAUACCAGGGCCACCACCUUUUGAGAGAAGUUACAGAACAUGUUACAAGUUCAUUAUUAUUCAUUAUUUUGUACUGAAUACAAGUUAUACAUACUGAUUAUAACACUUACUUAGAAACCACACCAUAUUCACUAUACAGGAUUUAAUCUCCCAUGACACCUGUGCAUUAUUCGUACCUAAUUGUAAUGCCAUUGCCAUGUAUUUUUUUUUAACUAUAUGUCACUAUUUCAGAACACAUCAACUCUCAAACGUAUGUAGUUUCAAUAGUCCAGUUCGUUCACUGCAGAUUAUCCCUUUUGUGAUCUGUGAGCUCUGAGUUUUCCUUGUUUUCCAUUUAGUCUUUUAGUUGUUACCAGGAAACAUAGGGUAUUACAUAACAAGGGAAUACCCAUCAUGCUUUGCACUCAUUAGGGGCAAUCCAGAAAUGGAGACCUGUUUGAAAUUGACAGUGUAUCUCUGGUUCUGGCUUUAUCCUCUUUUAUUUUCUUUUUUUAUUAGCGACAUGGACAGUGCAUUGAGUGGUUAGAUUGUAAGAUCUUUUAGCUACUUUGAGCUGCAUGUGUGGCUUUCUAAUGGUGUUUAUGGUGACCAAAGUAAACCAAUUCCACGAUUUUCAGAUUCAGUGCAGAAUGUUUUCUGCAUUGACUGAUGUAAUUUCAAUGCCAGGCUAUAAUAUGUGCUAAAGUCCAAAAUGAGAAGUAAAAAGCAUGCUGUCAAGUUAAAGUGCAAGAUACUGUUGGCUUUCUGCUGUGUCUCAUACGCUGUUUUCUUUCAGAUGAAGAGUCUCUUGAACUCGCCUGGCUUUGGAAUCACAGGAAGUUCAGGGUGAAAAACACUUGAAGGGUUGCUACUGCAACAGUUAAAAAUUUUGAAACUUUGCAGGUUUCUUUCAGUGCACCAAAAAACUCUUUCUGAGCGAUCGGGCUACAGAGCUUCAGAUCAAGGAGUUUGCACGUAAAAAUGCAGCUAAUGCUCUGUCAGUUGCCAACAUGGUCAUGGGAAUGGCCUCGAUUCUCAGCAGCCUUAAUGGGCACCAUCACGCUGCAUGUUGGCUUGUUCUGAUUGGCUAUCUCCUGGAUUUGGCAGAUGGAGCGGUUGCCAGGCAACUCAAUGCCUGCUCUGCACUGGGUGCAAAGCUAGAUGAUUUUGCGGACUUCACGACCUUUGGGAUUGCUACGUCGUUGCUCCUGAGAACAUCUGACCUGCUCGACAACAUCCUGUGCAUGUGUUAUGUCCUCUCUGUGUUUGUCCGCCUCUGUUUCUUCUCCAGUGGGAUCCCUUUCAUGUACCGUGGCCUGCCCUGUAUUUACUCCUCAGCCAUCCUGGCAAGUGCCUCUUUGCUUUCAGGGGGAAACAUGGCAUUGCUGCGAGUCAUUGCGGUUGCCAUGAUCCUCUUCAUGAUCAGUCAAAACUUCUACCCCCAUGACAGAGUUCUGGAGUCCCAGGCCUGGAAGAAAGUCGUCUACGCUGGAGGAGUCAUCAUGGUGUUCUGCUCUUCCUUCCCCCCCGCGUGUAUGUACUACCUGCUGUGGUCCGUCUCCUACAUUUUAUUCCCAACAUCCCUAUGGAGCAGUAAAGUAUAAAAGGGAUGCUGGAACUGUCAACAAAAG